AUGGCACCAACCAACCAAGCCAACGGCCGUAUCAUCCCAAGCACAGUCGCAGUCUCGAAGAGAACCAUGACCAAGCGCGCAACCCUCUCCACCCAAGAUCACGUUUCUCUCUGCAAUAGGAUCCUUGCCCUCCCAAGUGAACUCCGCCAGCAUAUAAUAAGAUCCAUGGCCGCGCGCCGCCUACCAACCCUCUUCGCACGCAUGCCAACCUUUGUAAACGGCGCCGCCCGGCUCGCCGUAAGAGCGCUACUUCCCGCAGAACUCCUCGUCAUGGAUAAGGAAGCCGAAUACGCUAUCGCGGAAGUCGCCCGCGUCAAAAUCCACACGGAUAGAUUGACUACCAUCGUCCUACAUGGAAUCUUUCCGAACCUCAACAGCGCCGCCCUGACGAGUCUAGAGAUAGGGGUGGCGUUCCCUGGUCCACAAGCCACUCUGCAUGCCAUUGCCAGCAGGAUCGCAGAUGCCGGUAUCGCGUAUCCACGACUUCGAGUCUUGCAUGUUGCGCUCAAGCGGCGCUACUUACUUGGUGGGGAUGGGAAUGGCGAGCAACCUGAUGCUGGGGAUGAUCUUGAUGAGUUCUGUGGGGGAGUAAUCGCUUCAGUUCUGCGAGUCGAUGUCAGGGAGAAGUACAUCAUGGUAAGCUAUGCGGACUCUUAUUUGAGUUGCUUGGUAUAUAUGGAUGAGAGAUUGCUGGUGAAGGAGAUGGCUUGCUUGGGGGAGGGGGAGAUGGAAGGGACGGAUGAAUUGGAGAGACUUGGUGUCGUGCUUGCGGAGCACAGUGAUGAGUGGAUUCCUGUGGGUAAUUUGAGAUAUGGCAAAAUUUGA